UGAAGGCAGCAUGACAGCCCGUGUUUUAGACUCCAGCCCCCGUCGGCCUGGCUCUACUUCCUGUCUUCCAUAACUUUACUGUAGACAACCGCCGCUUUCACGGUAGCAGCUCGUGUCAUCGGAUAAACGCAACGUCGGCCAGGACUAGUCAUGACACAGCCAGAGCAGCAGGAGUUUACAGAGAGCCUGGAGUCAGCGCUGUCAUGGAUGCAGGCCAUUCAGGAGAGACUGAAGGGUAACGACAACACCCAAGGGCCUCGAGAUGCCCUGGAGGCCCGACUGAGGGAGACGGAGAAAAUCCAUCAGUCGGAACAAGAAGGUCGUAUGAAGAUGGACAAGGCCUUGGUUCUGGCUGAGAAGGUUCUGCAGAGUGCAGAUGAAGAGUUGAAGAACCACAUCCAAGCUAAGCUCAAGGGCCUGAAAAGCCAGUGGGAAGAGACCUGCACAUACAUCACCCACUGUCAUAGUCGGAUCGAGUGGGUUUGGCUCCACUGGAACGAGUACCUGAAGGCCUACGAGGAGUUUGAACUGUGGCUGAUGAAACAGCGGCGCAGCGUGGAUGCCCGGGUGGAGAUGCAGCUGGGGGUGAAGGAGAAGCUGUGGCAGGUCGACCAGCAAAGGGUGGUGGUGAGCGACAUCGAGGGCCAGGCGACGCUGCUGGAGAGGCUGCUGGACGAGGCUGCUGCCUUGCACAACAGAACCCAGGAUGCUAGUGUGGACGCCUGUGCCCAGGAAAGGCUGCAGGAGGCCUAUAAUGAUGUGAGGGAGCGAGCCAAGGAGCGUCUGUCACUGCUUCAGAGGAUCGCUGAGGAGCACCAGAUGUACCAGGGCUGUGUUCAGAAAUUCCAGUCCUGGCUGCUGUCGAAAACCAAGGAGCUAACUGAUCUAAUGGAGAAGCAGGAUGCAGGCGAGAACAAGCUCAAAGCCUUACAAGUUCUGGAUGACAGUGUAGCCAGUGAGGAGAAAACCCUGCAGCACAUCGAGGGAGUGGCAGAGGUGGUGAGGAACAACACCUCUCCUGCAGGGGCGGAGGCGGUGGUGGAUGAGGCUGAGGAGCUGAGGCUGGGCUGGCAGCGGCUGAGGCAGGGCCUGUGUGAGGCCGGGGAGGGACUCCGCCUCAGCCUGAGCUCUCACAGUCAGUACGUGGCCCGCUGCCAGCGGCUGGCCGAGGACACGGGCCGGCUCAGGGUGCAGCUGCAGGGGCUCGACCACGAGCUGGAGAACGGCUGCGAAGCAGGGGGCCGCGCCGAGAGCACCGAGGAGCAGAUGGUGGGCCGGUGGCACAAAUACACGGGUGUGAGGGAGGUGCUGACGGAGGAGGAGUCGCAAGUGGAGCUGUUGAAGGCUCAGCUCAAGGAGCUCUUCAGGUUCUCGGAGGACUCGCAACAUCUCUCUGAUGACGUCUUGGCUGUAGUCAAAAAGCAUCAAAGUGUGAAAUCCAGGGCCACCAGGUUGUGUUCAGAGUCAGAAUCAGGGCUGAAGAGCAUCCUUCAGGACCCACUGCUGGUCUUUGCCCACUGGAGCCACAGGGUCUCUCAGGUGCUGGAGGCUUCUGCUGAGGUCACGGACUUUUCCCACAUCGCCAAGUUGGUCCAAAGCAUUGAGCACCUGCUGAAGGACAGUGUGCAGCUGCAGGAGCGUCUGAGUCUGCUGCAGGUAAAAGGAGAACUGCUGGACUCUGUGUUUGGUCCUGAGCAAUCAGCGGGUCUGCAGGACGAGCUGACUGCUGCCGUCAGGAACCGAGAGCUGCUGCACACACAGCUGCUGCAGAGGAGGAGCAGGCUACAGGGCUUAAUCUCAAGAAGUAAGGACUUUGGAGAAGCCUCCCAGUUGAUUCAGUGUAAGCUGAGUGGUCUUCGAGACCGACUGGUGGCAGAAGACGUCCUGCAGCCUGACAUCCUAGCCAAGAAGACCCAGUCAGACCAGUUCAGGGUGAUACAGAAGGACCUAGAGGACUGUGAAGCCCAUUUAACAGCAAUAGAGACUCUGGUCUCCUCCAGUCAGAGCAACAGGACACAGUUUGAGAAGCACUUGGCUGAAUGGAGAUACUUGUACAACACCGUGAAGGGGAAGGUUGCCGACAGUGAAGAGAGUAUCUCAGACCACGAGAGCUUCCACGAAAGCCUCCUGAACAUAGAGAAGUGGCUGAUGAUCAUGAAGCAGAAGCUGGAGUCCUUUCGUAGCCCCUCAGGGACGUGGAGCAUAGAGGGCCGUGAACAUGAAGCUGAGAAAGCACUGGGAGAAUUUCCUGAGAAGGAACUUCAGCUGCAGCAGACAGAGAUCCAGGGUCAGGGAGUUUUGAAAAGAACUUCGGAGGAUGGACGUGUUCACAUCCAACGAGACAUGACCCGCCUACAGGAGUCCUGGACAGCCCUGUAUAACACCUAUCUCAACAUUCACGGUCUGCUGAACCACUCCAUGGAGCAGCCACACUCCGGCUCACGGAGAUUUGGAGGCUUAGUCGAGGGCACAGUCCCAACCAUAUAUGAGGGUCUGAGAGACAGCUCUGGACAUGAGAGUGGGGGGAGCCUUGAGGGGAAAACUCAGGAGGCAGGCAGCGGGCACUUCUUAAAUGCAGAUGAAUUAGAUUCAUCCGCUUCAGGCUUUCACAGCACAUCAGGCCGGAGAAGUUCCCCACGCCGCGCUACUGAAGGAAGCCCUGGCGGUGAUAAAUCACUGGUCGGCUGCAGCAGCAUCUUAGGUGAAGACAGAGCGGAGACUAUGACAAGAGCCAUCAGCUCCAGCGACGGUGCAGCAGGCCGUUCUAGUGAAGGCGGUGUGGAACCAGAAGGUCUCAGCCCACGAGGAGGAGCGUUCCUGCCAUUCAGAAGGACCCGAGCCACUGCACCCACUCAACAGCCAGCGGAGAACUCAGGACAGUAUGCGUCCAGGAAGCAGGAGUUCAGUGCCUGGCUGUCCAGACAGAACGAGCUUCUCUCAGGGAUCCUCAGCACCAGCGACGCACCAAUCAGCGCCAGAGACGUCAAGAGGCAACAGGACACACUCAAAGCUCUGAGGAGAGAUGUUUCCUGGGGUCAGGAACAGUUGCAGCUGUUGCUCCAGGAGAGUCAGAGCAGUGACACUGACUCAGGGUCGGCAAACGAUGUGGGUCUGGAGGAGCUCCGCUACCGCUGGAUGCUCUACAAGUCUAAACUGAAGGAGGCCACACCGGUCAGGGCCAUGACUCCUCCCAGGAAGCCCGGCCUGCUGCAGCGGGCCUGUGGCCUGGCUCUUCUGCUGUGGCUGCUGCUCCUGGCUCUGCUCUUCCUCGCCUUCCUGCUGCCCCUCAUGGACGAAGGCAACAGCUGCUCCCUCUCCAACAACUUCGCUCGAUCCUUUAACGUCAUGCUGCGCUACAACGGGCCUCCGCCCACAUAGACACAGCCUUGUCCUCUGCUCCUGCAGCUCAUUAGUUAAAUGUAUAUACAAUGAUGCUGGACUACAACCGACUGGCCGGCCUGAACGCUGUAGCUUAGUGUUAACCACACAGGAGCAGGUUCCUCUGAUGCUUAUUAUGCUAACUGUGACACUCCGUCACUAUGCUGCUCUUCUGUUGGUUGGGUUUUUAUGAAACAGCCCCAUGCUCCACCCACUGCCCCACUCACUACUCCACUCACUCCACCCACUACUCCAUCACUGCCCCACUUCCUGUUUCUCUCACUGCCCCACCCACUCCACCCAUCACUCCGUCACAGCUCCACCCACUGCCUGGUGUUGGACGAGCCCCAGUCAGUCGGUCCAUGGAUGUUGAACCAGAGUCCAGUCCACCUGUCAGACAUUCUUUACUUGUGCUAAUGAUACGUAGCAGCACUGAAUGCAGCAGCUAACUUACAAAGAACAGUGUGUUUUUAUUUGCUUGGAGCAGAGUGCGGAGACGUCCUGCGUUUGUAAUGAUCUAUAGAUUCCACUUAGUCAGGACCAGUCUGGUACUGUAACAUCUGUCUAUUAUUGGGUUCAGCUUUGUAACGCGUUUGAACUGUGUUGAACAGUUUCAUAUUACCUCGUGUGAGUCUUUUUUACAGAUAUAUAUAUUUUAGGUUGUACACACACACACACACACACACACACACACACACACACACACACACACACACACACACACACACACACACACGCAGAAUAUAUAAUAUAUUACAGUAUAUCUUCCUUUGUGUCAAGCAGUAAAUGCCAAAAGGAUAAAAAUUUGUAAAAGGAAAGCAGGUUUACAAACUAUGCAGACAGAAGGAGAGUUAAUUAAGCGUCUUCAGCUGCAGGACAAUGACUGGCUGCUGUUUAGGAGGAAGGAGCUUUUCUGUCCCUCUGAACUCGGUGUGUGUUGGUGAUAGCAUCCUGGAUGAUGGAGCACUCGUCUCUGCAGGCGUCAUAGAUGUGUGAGAAAUUGUCACUUUGAGGUGGUUUAGUUGCUCAUAGAACAGAAUCCAGCCUCCUUCAGAUUUUAAUGUUUGAACUUCUUCAAUUCUUGCCUGUAAGCUUUAAUAUUUUCAAACUGUUCUGAUUCUGUGGCGACGGCAGAACAUUUAAACGUUCACCGUUCAAACCCUGUUACAGUUCUAAAGGUGCUGUUUUAGUCUUUGUCCCGCACUCCUCUCCAAGAAUACAUGCACACACGCAGGAACUUUGUCCGCUGGCGUCCUAAGUAUGGAUUCAACUUGUUUCUGUGGCAACAGGGCUGAAAUGAAGUUGCACUAAUGCGUCCUGUCAGAGACUGAGGGUCUGGUUUAAAUGAGCAUAGUGCAACGUGAGGUCAGACGGAUUCUACCUCUCAAGGACUCCUGUCUGACUUGAUGCAUGUUUGACUUGGCUCAGGCAGUUCCCUCAUCUCUUGACUUGCUCAACAAUCCUAGUCUCCAUGUGAACCCAUUACCUUCAUUACACUGACCUUUGCCUCCUCUGUGUGUCGUCCUUUGCAUUGUGACACUGGUUAAAAGCCAGGAGGUUAUUGGGUUCUAACAGGUUAAAUGGCCCAGUAAGUUGUCCACCAGCCACCUGCACUGCGUUGCUAAGCAACAUGGAGAUGACGGCUCAACUACUGUUGGUCUGACGUCGCCAUGUUCAGACAGUGACCUUGUGGCUGAGUGACAGUGUUAACACUAGUCACGUGUCUGGUUCCAGUAAAAGCCUCCUGAUGAAUCACGCCCAUGAGGGGGAAACACUUCUCCACAGGUGACUGUGGGUGGAGGUGCUACAUGUGGGGGGUGAAGGCCUUAAAGGUUCUGUUCGCCAGCUGGGUGUGUCUUUGCUCCGUCUGGAGACGCUGCCCUAACAGUUCUACCAACAUCAUGUUGAUGCUGCACCAUGUUCUAUAUCGGGUUCUGCUCCUUAGUGCUUCGUCUUCUCUUAUGCAACGUAUGAAGAGGCUUGAAUUCACACUGGUCCUAAACCAGGCGCCUGUUGGAUGGAGACAUUGGUCUGAGCACUCGUUAUGCAAAUGUAUUGUACCUGUCAUUGAUCAUGGAAAUGUCAAAGCUUUUCUAUUAAAUCCUACAACUCUAUUUUAUGAAUGUUUUUAAAGCUUGUAUGUAACCAGGACCUUUGUAUUCUGAUAUAAUGAAGGAUCCAGAGCUACAA